AGAAGCUCGGAUCCAGACGCACGCGAGGCGCUGUCCUUUCAGCACCGCAAGCUCAGGCUGAGGAGGGAGGACUCCCGGCCGUCCUCCUCCUCUUCAAAUUGGCUUGAAUCUGCUCUGAUCCCCAAGAGUGCAGCACAGUCUGGGAAGAAAGGCGUAAGGAUGGUGAAGCUGAACAGUACCCCCAGCGAGAAGGUAACCAAGCCGCCUUCAGUUGAGGAUGGCUUCCAGACCGUCCCUCUCAUCACGCCCUUGGAGGUUAAUCACUUGCAGCUGCCUGCUCCAGAAAAGGUGAUUGUGAAGACAAGAACGGAGUAUCAGCCGGAGCAGAAGAACAAAGGGAAGUUCCGAGUGCCGAAAAUCGCUGAAUUUACGGUCACCAUCCUUGUCAGCCUGGCCCUUGCUUUCCUCGCUUGCAUCGUGUUCCUGGUGGUUUACAAAGCCUUCACCUAUGACCACAGCUGCCCAGAGGGAUUUGUCUACAAGCACAAGCGCUGCAUCCCGGCCUCCCUGGAUGCUUACUACUCAUCCCAGGACCCCAGCUCCAGAAGCCGCUUCUACACAGUCAUCAGCCACUACAGCGUGGCCAAGCAGAGCACCGCCCGGGCCAUCGGGCCAUGGCUGUCGGCUGCCGCUGUUAUCCAUGAGCCCAAGCCACCCAAGACCCAGGGCCAUUAGAGGCCUCCCCCAGCCAGGAUGGGGGUGGGGUGGAGGGGGGACCCCAUGGGCUAAGCCAAGCUCCAGUUACAAGACAACACUGUACUCCUGGGAUUUUGGGGUGGGGGCGGGACGGGGUGGGGUGGGGGAGGAACUCACCGAAAAUAUUGUGCACUGGAGUUGUCUGAAUCAAUAUUUCUUUUUGUCCCUUGGUAUUGUUGAUUUGUCCCUGAGUCAGGCUCAUGUACAAAGGCAUGUUUCGUGUUGAUUGUCCCCAUGUAAGAUAUUUUCAAAGCCACUGCUUAUUCUUUGUUAGGAAAAUGUAAACACAGAAAAGGAAAGAAACAAAGAAAAUGAACAAAAAGCAUCAAACUGGCUCCAUCGGGAAGAUGUUGAAGGGAAAGAGCGCAGAGUCUGUGGGCUUCUUGGAUGAGACGAGACACUGCAGCUCCAGUGGGGGCUUGGGGGGGUGCAGGAUACAUGAGUGGCAGACGGGGCUGUCUGGUCUACAGGAUAGGAACCUGGGAAGUUAGGGACAGCCAAGUCGGAGAGAAGGACUGAUUUUGGCAUUACCAAGCCCAGAGUGCACAGUGACAUGCACUGACCUCUGGUACAUUUUGCGAGAUGAACACAGACUUUGCGGGCUCCGGGCUCGGCCCGGGCAGACCCACGCGGCCGGGCUCUGCAAGCUCACCCUGCGGUGACAGGUUUUGCAUCAGCGAACGUGGAGGAGUGGGCAGAUUUUCUUUGUCUUUUUUUUUUUUUUUCUAGACUUGCCUGGAUCCUGCCCAUGUUCAUGAGACAGACGGCAGGGGCAGAGAGGGGAAGAAGGAAGGAGAGGCUUUGAUGAGAAGGAAGGCAGGAUAGACAUGUGACACUUGGCCAGGCGAUAAGCACAGUCUCCCAGUUUUUAAAUUUUUGUUUGUUUGUUGUUUCCCGAAGUGCUAAUCCCAACAGCAACAACAAUAGGAUUGUAACCAGGAACCUCAAGUGACAGCCAGGAAGAGACUUUGAGGUUGGGGCUGCAGCAAUGCCAGAUCGUUUCUAAAGGAAGCUGAGAAAUGUGACUGUCUUUUGCCCACUCCGUUGUGUUGACAGGGGAUUUUCGUCCAAACUCCCCAACUGGGUUCUAGAAGCUCCUGACGAGGAGGCAGCACCCAGACUUGACCAGGCCUCCCCCUGCCCUGGACCGCAGCAGGCCCUCCCCUGCCUCCCCCAGAAUGCUUCAGGGAGGCCGGUUUUGCAGGGUGUCGGCCCCAGGGCCGAGAGGGCCAGAGCCAGCUGUGGGAGUUGGUUAUUUGAGACGUGCUGCCCUUCGUUCCCCCCGAGUCUCCGGCAGGCCGUGUAGAGGGGACUUUUUGUGGCUUGCUCCAUUGCUGCCGUCAUCGUGCACAACAGCUGGGUGAUAGGACUAGCGUAGCUCAACCCUCCUGCCAAACGCUCUCAUCUGGUGUUUCCUCCCCUCGCCUCCACCCUCCCAUCACCUUGAGUCACCUGUAAAUUCAUUUGUCAUCCAAAGCGGAAUAACAAAUCGUCCCUCGCAAAACCGCUGAGCGCUUUAUAAUUUCGUGGUGUAUUUUUGUCAGUAGGUAGCAGAGGCUGAAGUAUUUUUUGGUGUAAUUCUUGCAAUUUUCUGACAGGAAACAAAUAAAGGUAGAUGUGUCCGAGA